AGGAUUGCUUGUCGUCCUUUCUCACACUUCUACAGUCUUUCGCACCUUUUCCAUGUGGGUGCUGACGUGCAAAGCACCCUUUCUUCUCUCCGCACACGUAUAACCGCCACUUCUGUUUUCCUUUUUUUCAAGUCCACAUCGUGCAGCUACCGCCCUAUUGACCACUCCCCUUUUUCUUCGUGCUGUUGUGCGAAUUUCAGCUAACGAGAAAGCAAGUGAACAACCUCUAAGUGUUAUCCACCUCUGUUUUUUUUUCCUAUUUUUGUGCUCAGCGAAAACACACCGUUACUCACGCAGGAGCGCCUCCCAGCUUCGCGUCACACAAUGGAAACACUCAAAGGCUUCGCGCGGCGCACCACGCAGAGCCUGCGCGAGAUGGUGUCGGGCGGCGAGUCAUCCCCCGCGGACGCGCGGUUGACGGAGAUUUCAAGCAAGGUGAAGACGAUGGAGGCAAAGGGGGAGGUGAUUUGCCAAAAGGUGAUCCAGGCAGCUCGGCUCAUGGAGGAGCUCGGCACCACCUUGAAGGAGCUGGGGGAAGAGUACAAGGGCGUGCCGGACCUCCCAAAGGAGAGCCGUGAACUCGCCGAGGACGUUUUUAUUGUCGGCAUCAAGCUCAUGGAAACCUCGCAGGAGCACCAGAAAGGGCUGAAGGACAACGGCUUCGAGCUGCUGCGUGCCUUUUCGAAGCAGUGCGCGCACCUUCGCGAGGUGGAGGAAACGCGACGACACCAUCAGCUCGAGUACGACUUUUUCAAAUCGAAGGUGCAAGACCUCCGCUCCGUUCCUCAGAAGGACUUCACGCGUCUGCCGCGCAAUGAGCAAAUCUUAGAGAGCUGGCGGGUGGAGUUGUGGCGCGUGUCGGAGCAGAGUAAAGCGCUGUGCUCGCAGCUCUACGUGGACGGCCGCCGCGCGAUCGAUCGAAGUGUGCUGACGACGGUGCAGGUACUGCACAGCUUCGUCGAGAUCGCCUCUUCCGGUUUCGCGCAGACCUUCCAGAGCGUCCGCCUGCCGUCCUACCCGCUGGAACCGGUGCUGCCGCCCACCGCCCUCCCCGCCGCGCCUGCACCCUCUUCGAGCCCCGCCGUCCACUACGGCGCUAGCGGCGGCAGCUACGCCCCGCCGUCGGCCCAGGGCUACGGCUACGCCGGCGGCAACACCAGCGCUUCCGGCAGCUUCAACGUCCCCAGUAGCAGAGCGAGCCUUCUCGGUGCGAGUGGCAACGGUGGUGCGCCCGCCCCGGUAGCACCGCCGGCUCCCGCGGCCAGCGCCGGCUCCUUGCUCGGGCCCCACACCCCGCUGACGUACGCGAGCGCCUCUGAACGAACCGAUGCGACAGGCGGCGGCGCGGAUUACGAACCGCCGCCACUGGACUCCUCCGAAGGGCGUGGAGACGCCUCAGGAGGGUACCAGCCACCAACUGUGUAG